AUGACCAUGCAGAUCCGGCUGCGAGGGGACAAGAAGAUGCACAAGAACCUGGGCCAAAGCGGUGACGCGUCCCGAGCAGGUCCGGCAUCUCUGUGGCGGGUGCGUGAUGAGCCCCCAGGUGCCAACUCCUGGGACUCGGCCGCGGUGCUCACCCUGUGCCGGCUGCCCCAGCGGCAUCCCCAUGGCACCCCUGCGUCACUGCCGGUGGUGGGCUCCAAGAUUGCAGCUCCUGCGCACGGGGCGGGGGCCGGAUCCGCAGCGCUCACCCUGCCGCAGCCGGAGCCCCCGCACCCUCAGCAAACGGCCACGCCCAUGUGCAACGCAGAGCCGGAGGCGCUGGGCUCCGGGGGAGGAAGGGACCUGAUGGCAGAGCCCGAGCCCCCUCCAGAGCUGCAGCUGGAUGAAGCCGGAGCAUCCUCAGCCCCGCAGGGAGCGGCUGCAGGCACUGCUCCGCACCCGGACCUUUUGCACAGCCCGUUAGACCCAGCAGCGGGCGCGGGGGUGACACCCCUGCACAGGGGCAGCCCAGACGCCUGCCAGGAGCUGCAGGCAGACAGCAGGGAUGCUUCCUUGGAGCUAAACAUGCCAGGGGCCCAGCUGGAUGAGAAUGUGGCCGGGGCCAGGAUCCCGCUGGACGUGGACGUGGCAGGAAUCCCGCUGGAUGUGGAUACAGAGGGAGUAGGGAUCCCGCUGGAUGUGGGUGGGGCAGGAAUCCCACUGGACGUGGAUGCAGGUGGGACGGGGAUCCCACUGGACAUGGAUGCAGAGGGAGUAGAGAUCCCACUGGAUGUGGAUGGGGCAGGGAUCCCACUGGAUGUGGAUGCAGGUGGGACAGGAAUCCCACUGGACGUGGACGCAGAUGGAGUAGGGAUCCCGCUGUACAUGGACACAGAUGGGGCAGGGGGGCCCGAUGCGGACGCAGAUGGGGCAGGGAUCCCGCUGGAUAUGGAUGCAGAGGGGGCAGGCAGCCCCCUGGACGCGGAUGGUGCGGAGCAUCAGUGCCUCACCCUCGAAGAGCUGGGGGACUACUUCCAAGAGUGCAUCGAAGCCGUCGAGCAGCUGGAGAAAGAGAGAGACAGCCUGAUUGUGGAGCUCGCCCAGCUCCGGGAGCCGGCACUGCAGGAGAUCCGCCAUGCCCAUGAGGAGAUCCAGGCAGCCUGCCGGCUGCUGGCCAAGGUGGAGCUGGAGAGGGACAACCUGAAGGAUGAAAUCCGGCAGAUCAAGCAGAAGCUGUUCAAGGUGACGAAGGAGUGCGUGGCUUGCCAGUACCAGCUGGAGAGCCGGCGGCACGACCUCUCCCAGCACGCUGCUUACCAGGGCGAGCUGGAGACCCAGGCUGGGCAGCUCUCUAGCGAAUUGUCCCGGCUGAAGGAGACCUGCGAGAAGGAGAAGGAGGUUUUGAGGCAACGGCUGGAGAUGCCACCGUGUCGGCAGGAUAACCUGUACCUGCAGGAGAGCCGCCGGCUCUCCAUGGAGUUCGAGAGCUUCGUGGCGGAAAGCCGGCGGGGUCUGGAGGAGCACUAUGAGCCCCAACUGCUGCGGCUGCUGGAGAGACGCGAGGCGGGGGCGAAGGCGCUGCAGGAGAUGCAUGGGGAGAUCCAGGGGAUGAAGGAAGCCCUGCGGCCCUUGCAGGGGGAGGUCAGCCGGCUGCGGCUGCAGAACCGGAGCCUGGAGGAGCAGAUCGUCCUCGUCAAGCAGAAACGGGAUGAAGAGGUCGGGCAGUACCGGGAGCAGGUUGAGGAGCUGGAAGACAGGCUGAAGGAGCUGAAGAACGGGGUCCAGCUCCAGCAGCGCAAGAAUCAGGAACUGGAGGAGCUGAGGACCAGCCUCCACCGGGAGCUCUCCAUCUACAAGAGCUGCUUAGAAAUCUACGGCCACCUUUGCAAAUCGGAAGAAAAAGCAGACCAGGACCGUUAG